UCACAGCCGCUCGUUCACAACUAGUUGACUCGCGAAUGCGAACUUAACACUUGAAGUGGCUAACGCGAACUUAGCACGAACUUAACGAGUUGGUUCCUGAUUCUUCAAUUUGACGCUCAAGUGUAUCAUGGCGGCGGAGGACGCCGUGGCGCAGCUCCUGUGCGUCCAUCUAGGGCUGCUGGACGAGACGGAGCUGCCUGAUGACGCGGUGCGCGACUUCCGCGACCUGUAUCGCCUGCCUUUGCGCUCUUUCGGUGAUAAAUGCGCACUGAUGCGCUCCGCGGAGGCCACGGGCUGCUCUGCCGUGAUCCUCGACGUGCUGCUCUUCGUAUCCGAGACGAUGGCGCCCGCACUGUUCCGCAAGCAACUAGCUGCCCUCCCACUGUCACUCAGUCAAUGGGUUCACUAUUUAGUGGAGCAGUGUAUGGUCACGAACGAGACGGUGUCGCUUAGUGCGCUGCGUGGCCUUCUGGACCUGUACGCAGCUACCCAGAGAUACCGUGAGCUGGCAGCGAUGCUGCUAUCCUUGGUAUUUUACGACCGGGAGCUUAGUCGGUCAUUAAAAGUGACGGACGACGUUAUGGAUAUCGCUAAAUUCUACCGUCACCGGUUCCCCGUGUGGAUUCUGGAUCUGUUGCACGAGUACGUGACUCUGUCGAAGCUGCAGAUCCAGACAGAGCAAGAAGACGCCAAUACUGCGCCCGAAAUUUGCACUAUGGCAGCGAAUCUGGACAAAAGAUCGAGAGGAGUGGGCAACCUCCAGGCCAAUUGGAGGAUGAGAUACGUCCAGUUGACGGAGAAGGAGAUCGUCUACUUUAAGCACGAAGAAGGCAAACUAGAGAAGUCCAAGAACCCGUUCCAUGAUAAAAGCGGUAAGGGCAACAAGAAGGGGAGUUUAGCACUCAGUAGAGGGAUGCAGAUCGAGCCACUAGACUACCGUGGCAAGUUUUCAUUGCGUCCGUACUGCGUCAAAAUCUGUGACGCAGCGGGGAAUGAAGAGUUGAUCUUAGACGCAUUCUCGCCCGAAGUGCAGCGGCAGUGGGUGGCUGCUAUCACUGCCAAUGUGAAGCGUCUAGAGCUGGAUCCAAGGUGGUUGGCCUUCCCUCGAAGAGGUGUGCAUCGCAUGACUGUGGGCGAGUUCUUACGCUACGCUAUGCUUUAUCACGGGGAUCCCAAGAAGGCUCACACACGUCACAGUUCGUGUCAGCCAGGGCCGCUACGGGAGCAGUUCAACAUCGAUCCCAAGCGUUAUCUCUUCUCAGCUCUUGUAACCUGUGCACUGGUACGCGACUGGAAGACAAUGGAGGCACUCGUGGAACCGCGUAGUGCGAAAUCCGCCAUCAUUUCGCUGUUUCCCGGUGGAAAUAGCGGAAAACUGGCAACUGCGUCGGCACCGGCAUCUUCAUCAGCAUGGAGUUCAACGCCAGCUCCUGCACCUUCGCGUUAUUCUGUCUGGUCGAACAGCACGGACCCGGCGCCGUCUUCAAGUCGAUCAUCUGCUGCUUCAAUCGCCACUGCUCCUCCUCCUCCAGUCCCUGCAGCCAACACUACGGUGCAGGGAAUGGUAGAUGCAAGUGCCAUUGGAUACGGAGCUAUCCUCGAUAUUGCAGAGCAUCGAAAUGCUCCUCCGAAUCUGCUGAUGGUGCUGGAGUCACUGCACGAAAAGAACGAGACCAAGCGUGGCUGGAGCUGCCGCCGCGAUGUGGAUGCCAGCGAUGCCGCGUCGAUGAAAAUUACCAUUGCCAUCCCAGAAAGCGUUCGCGCUGACACGAACUGGGAGUGAUGAGACCGACACUUUCGAGCACAUUGUACAUUCAUGUGAAUAUCGUCCACCCACUUCAACUAGGGUGACUAAAAACUGACUCAUUUUGGGCAUUUGUAACA